UUAGAGCGGGAAAGGUGUGCGUGAAGAGGAGAAACGGCUUGCAGCCCUAGCCCCCGGCACCCUGGGGGCUGACGGGCGGCCAUGGAUCUGUACCUCAACAACUGCUAUAAGGCUGCUGAAGCCGCUGCCACUAAGGCAGCCGCCAGCAGCCCAACAGCCGACAGAGAGCACGGCGACACUGGCUCACACAAAAAAAACAUUCCAGAGGUCGGAGCAGCUAAUCUAUUGGAUCUUCCUCUUGGGGUCAAGCUGCCUAUUAUCCCAGGAAGCAACAAUAUAUUCUAUACUACAAAUAUAAGUGAAAAGCUUUAUCAGCCUUCUUAUGACUUUAACCUGACUGAUCCUUAUUGCCAACUUUUGGAAACCAGCUAUAAAAAUCUGCAUGAUCCCCAUUUAAAAGCAUACCAUAAGCGAAAGGAUAUCCUAAGGAGAUUAAAGAAGGGCGGUUACAUCACCAGCAAUAAUAAAGUGAUAUGUACCUUGAAAGAAUUGAAUAAGUACAGGCAGUAUCUGACCACUUUAAAAUUAGAUUUUGAAAGAAACUAUGUAAGAGAACAAAUUGAAAAACAAGUAAAUAAAUUGUAUGAAACCAGAAGAGCCUAUAACAGUUAUGGAAACAAACCUUUCCAAGAAUGGCUGUUACAGGAAGAUACACAAGCAACUCCAGACCAAGAGCUGAUAAUAAAGCACAGAUAUUUAGAUAUGAUUAGUAGGGAAUUAGACAAGGUUGAGCACACGGCAGAAAAGCAGAGCAUACUCCGGAUGAAGGAAGAACAACAACGACAUCAGGACCACAUUAGAAGAAAACUUCAUCUCCGUAGACAAAUUGAAGAGGAAUGGAAGACAAAAGAGAUGUUACUUUUGACAAAGAUUGGAGAAGAAGUAAAAAGAGAAGCAAGAAUUGAGGAACAACGUCAAAAAGUCAGGGAGGAAGCUCACCGGAAGGUAACUUCAGAAGAACUGAACAGUAUAGUUCAUAAUAUAAUGACCUGGGUUGUGGCUGCAGUGACCAGUAUAUUAUAUCCAGCCAUCACAAAAUAUGAAGAAAGGUUGCAAAAUAUUAUAUACCCGAUGCCUGAUGACUCUACCCUCUCUUCAAAUAGUGCAAGUUGCUGUAGCACAUGCAGUGAAAUGCUUCUAUAUGAAACAGGUAUUCAGGCAGAGACAUUUCAGGCAGAGGCCUGUGCGGACACAGAUGACAGGUCAAUAGGGCAACCAGCGGCACCCGUAAAACCAUCUUCUGCCCACAAAGAAAGAACAGUUAUGGUAAAAACACAUCACAGGAAAGGACAACCUAAAACCUCUGAACCUAAACAUAAUAAGACCGUUGAAUCCCCCAAACUUAAAACCUGUAAACCCGACAGUCACCUUUUUGCACCGAUUGAAACAGGCACAAAGAAAUCUGAAGAUGCUACCACUAAAACAGAUGCCUUAGAACACCCACCGUCUUCUGAUGAAAAAGCAAAAGUCGUAAAGGAGAUGCAGGAGUUAAAGAAUGUUUUUGAUAACUUUAAAUAUCACCUAAAAGAGGAAUCUGAGUUGAUUUUAGAAAAUAUUUUUCAUGAAAUGAUGCCUGAAUUAACCAAGACCAUCCCCACUCUUGCUUCUGUUACAGCCAAAACUUUGGUUGAUCAAACUGACACUGACAAAGGAGACUUGCUCUCCAAUGUCAGUAUCUCCUCAGCAGCUGCUGAAAUUAUGGAAAACGUGCUUGAGAAGCUACAGUCUGCAGUUGAGAAAAAAUGUAUUGAGGUAUUUGCACAAGAAAAUUUGUCAGUUCACUUUAAAUCAGACUUAACAGCCAGUGGGGAACAUUUCAUUUCACCAGAAGAAAAAACGUCAAAAGCUUCACCGCCUUAUACUAUGGAGAACAUGAGUGGUAUUGCAGAAGAUAUGGUUCAUAUGAUUUUAGAAAAGCUGACAUCUCUUGCAUCUUCUAAGCAAAAUGAACUUGCUCAUCUUGAAAUCACGACUGAACCUGCUUAUCAGCAACACAGGAAAAAUCCAACAUAUGCAUUCCUUCAAAGAGCCAGCAAAAGUAAAUCCAGUGCUGAACCUGAUGCAGCCAAUUUGAUUAGCAAAGAAGACAUAAAAAAUUUAGUGUCAAAUAUUUUUUCCCAAUCCUCUCUGGUUGGUUAUAUAGAGGAAGCAAUCAACACUAUACUAAGUUAUAUACAAAUUGAACUUAAUAACGAGAGACUCAUUGCAUCUGAGGAAACAGUGAUCCUCCUUCAUCUACUUGAUGAUGUCUUGGCUCAGUUACAUCAGAAACCAGCAAAAACAGAUGUCCAAAAGAGAAGACACCCAAGACUGAGUAGUCCUUCUGGCACUGAAGAAGAGCACAGACUCACCAGCACCAGCGUAGCUAAUGAUCCUAGACAUGGAUGCCUCUUUCCACCCAUUAAUGUUCCUGGCAUGGUCCUUUAUUCUGAAGACGAAAAUAAAGAAAUAGACAAGAUUGUGGAAAAUGUACUGAUUUCAUCUAUCAAAGAUGAAAAAGCAAAAUUACAAGAACAGGCUCCUGAUCACUGGUUAACAAGGGAAAAUGCUGAUUUAAAGUACAAAAGAAAUAUGAACUUAUCUACAAAGCCUGCUUAUCAAGACGAAGUAGCAUUUCAUGAUUGGGGAUUAAAGACUGACCUUCCAGCUUUUAAUAAUAAGGACCUUUUUAAGGACAAGCCAUGUUUGAAUAAAGACCUUUUGAUUUUCAGCCAAGAUGAAAAGCAUCAAAUACAAAAAGCCUCAGAAGAUAUAAUUACAAGUAUUUUAGCACAGAUGCUCCAAGACCUAUCUUCUGGGCUCUCUGGUCACUCAGGUUAUAAGGAAGCUUCACUUCUUACAUCAGGAAGCCCACAAGAUCUGUCCAAUCAAGAACGGAUGAACCAGAUGUUCUCUGCGUCAGAAAUCCAAAUAGUAGCUCAAGAAAUUGUAGAUGCUGUAUUAAAAAUACUUCACAUAGCUUAUAGUCACAUUAUCAGACAUUCUUCAUCAGUACCUCAAACUUCUCUAGAUAAUGCUGACGUACCAAAUAAAGAGCCAUUAGAAAUAUGGCUUGAGAGUAACAGGAAGAUGAAAUUUUUAUCUGUACUUGACAUAGACCCUACAAAACAUCCCUGGUUAGAAACUGAAGAAACUGAAUCAACACCUGAACCUGUAGUUCACAUUAAUGAUAGGAUCACUUACACAGUUUUUAAGAAGCUGAACUCAUUUAUUUGUCCAAAAUUGCAAAACUGCUUUAAACUAGAAAGCCAUGCUGAUCAUUCAAAACCUGCACCUGACAAGAAAUCUUCAUUUCAAUCUCACCUUAGUACUUACACAACUAAAGUGGUAAAAAUUGUUUUGGAUGCUAUCCAGAAAGAACUCAAAUACAAUAAGAAAAAUCUAAAUCUUGGGAAGUGUGGCCCUCCCAAAGACUUUAUAGAUACAGGAGUUUUUGCUGACAAUGAAAAGGAAUUAGACUUUGUUGUCACAAAGCUAAAUAAUGACAUUAUGACAAGUUCGUUAGCAACUUGCAUUUGUGAACUGUUAAGUGGAAAUACAGAUAAAAGCAAUGUUCUCCCUUCAGAUAAGCUAAGGUCUAAAAUCUCAUAUGAAACUGCUGAGAUUGAUCAACAACAACUUGUGCCUUCUCAGUACCCUCAUAUGCAAGAGGAAGUCCACAAAUGUACCAGAUUGCAAGUGUUAGAUAGAAUUGGGGAUACCUUAUAUGACAUGUUACACAAGCUCAUAGGAGACCGUCCAUGUUCUCCCCUAUCUGAUGAACAAAAUAGAGAGUGGAUCAAUGAGAAUUUGAGAACAACCACUGCAUUACAGUCUAAUAUUCAGCUCAUUUCUUAUACAAUUCUAGAAGAUAUCAUUAGAAAAUUAUGUAGUGCUGAGAUGGAUCAGAUUUUCACAAAUUCAGAAUUUAAGGCUAUCUCAGAUUAUAUUGAUACUGACAGCCUAUCACUUGCUUUGCUUAUUGAGGAAAUGGGCAUAUGCUCUGACAUAAUCUCCAGCAUGUUGUUCAGUGUGAUCCAGCCAGGUAGUCAAGAGGUGACUAACAAUAAGGGAAAGCCAACUGCCCCCAAAACAGGAACCACAAAAGAAGAGCACCCAAAUAAACUGGAAGUCAUGGCUUCUGAUAUCUUUGAAAUGGUUUUUGCUAAAUUGAAAGGGUUUGCCAAAAGAAAUUUAGAAACUCUGGGCACUAUAAUCAAUGGAAGUAAAAAGAGCAACAAGAGGUACUGGGAAAGUGAAAGUAUCAACAUUUGCACAAACACACAUGAAAAACAACUGCAGUCUGCUUUAUACAUGCAUGCAAAGAAAGUAUCAAGUACUAUUUUGAAGGCUAUUCAAACAGAAUUAAAUGUGAGCUUGCCAGAUUUGGAAACAGGCAUAACCAAGCCACUACAGGAGAAAGAAAUGCUUAAGAAUCUAGUCGAUUUAAUUUUAGGGCCUCCUCAUAUAUUUAAUGAAACUGAACCAGAAGAGCAAGGCAUUGAAAAUUACAGAUACAGGCCAACCUAUGGAAAUUUUCUUCCAGGAGGGGCUGACCCAGAGUCCUAUCUAGAAGAGCCUGCAGAUACAGAGAAAGAAAGUGCUGGAGAGGAAAGACCACCAGAAGAAACUAAAUCAGAAUCUCUUAAGCAAUGGGAACUAGAAAGAACAUUUAAAAAAUUUGUAGAACUCAAAGAACUAGAAAAGUCCCCAGUUGUGCCCAUUAUAAGAAAGAUUUUGAAUGAAAUUUUUCAGAAUGACUUAAUUGAUCAAUUAAAUGUGCUUACUCUCUCCCAGUCCCCUUUAUGUGACAUUCCUCAUCCUGGUGAUAUGCCAGUUGCUCACAGAUCAAUUCAAUCUAUGGAUAAAAUAAUGGAUCCUUUAGUGUCUGAGGCAGAUAUAACCGUUGUUGCAGAUAAUGUUGUUAGAACCAUACUUCAAAAACUUUAUUCUGCUGUCAUGACAGAUAGAAAUGCAAGUGAAAAUAGAUCUAACAUUAUCACCUGUCCAGCAAAUAUCUCUUUUCCUGAACACACCAGUGGAGAAAAGGCCUCUCUUCAGUGUACCAUCCUGGACAGAAAUCCAUGCACACUUCAGUCCACAUUUAGUAGUGGUAAAAUGACCAAAAUGAAUGUAGUUGAAGAUAUUAUACAGUCAGUAUUAACAAAUUUAGAAACAUUUGCUACUUCCAAAGUAAAAACUCUCUUUUGUCCUCACAUCAAUUUCACAAUUCCAAUGGCUUUGCCUCUACAAGAGGAUGAGACUGCUUUCAGCCAACCAUGGCUAUCAAUCAAAGAUUCAUAUUCUGGUGAUCAGUUUUCCUAUUGCUCAGUGGAUCAUAACAAGUCAGGAAAGACCACCUCAAUAUGUCAACUGACUGCCUGUAAAUUAAAUUCAUAUGCAACAGAAGUGGCUAGACAAAUUUUACAAGGAAUCAAACAUAAGUUAGAUAAGGAAAUGAAAAGUCCAUUCUUAAUCCAUAAUAUUGUGGUUUCCAACAGUAGCCCAAGCCAGGUUGUUAACACAGUGUUAAGUAUUCUGUCUACUAAAGGCGAAUAUGAAAAAAACCUGUUUGACAGAGAAAUUGAUCCAGGUCAGCCAGAAGCUAUUGUUGAAAAGCUGUUCAAUAAAAGUGACUAUCGAAAAAAACUUCAAUUUCAAAUACUUGAUACCAUCAAAGGUAUCUUAAGUGACAUCUGUGAGAAAACACUAGACGAGAAUAAUCUCCUACUUGCUGCAUCCACUCUUAACAAGUGUAACAUAAGUGGGAAACAUUUAGAAGCAAACUCUGAAACAAACCCCAAGUGUGCACAUAAAGCUAUCCCAAUGCUUUUAGUUCCUAAGUCGUGUGUCACAGUGAUUUCCAAUGAUAUGGUGGAUAUUGUUCUUCAAAAUCUAACUUCUGCUAUCAUGCUUGGCAUAAAUGCAAAGGAUUCUAUUUCUCUGAAAUUGCCCCUGACAUUUUCUGAUGCAUUUCCCAAAGCAGAGCAUCAACCAUCUCCUAUUACAGACUCAAUGACUGAGGGGAAAAAGGAGAUAACUACAUUUGCAAGAAAGGGAAGAGAUGUACAGCUGAAAUCAGUUUAUUCUGAUGAUAAUCGGACAACUGUACUUAAAAAACAAGAUGCCAAGAACUCUGCUUCCAACCCAUGUGAGGAAAAUGUUCACUUUAUUACUAAAGCCAUUUUGAAUAGAUUAAAAUCUUUUGCCACAGAAAGAAGAGAUUUGAUACUUACUCUUGAUACUAAGACUACGGAAAAAACAUAUGUUGGCCCAGAAUUUACAAGUUGUAAACAAAACAACAGUGUAUUUCUUGAAGCAAACCAAAUGCCAUCGGAUGUGAAUAUCCUAGAAAUCUCAACAGUUAGAACCGUUCUCAGUCAAGAGGUCACAGAUUACACAUUUGCUAAUUACAGGGGAAAACAUGGACCUGCAAUUAAUAUAUCACAAGCUAGUCUUAGGGAAUAUGCUGACAUAAUUGCCAAUACCAUUUUGAUGCUUAUAAAAAAUGACAUAGAUUCAGAAAUCCAAAAAAUGUAUUCGUAUCCAAACAAUACUUCAUUCCAAGAAAACAUAAUUGUGAGUGAAACUGUCAACAACAUCUUAAAGAGUUUACAUGAUAAAAUAUCUUUGAAGGCAAGUAGGUUUUACUCACAGCAGAAUCCCAGCCUGUUUACACAACUAGCUGUACAAAAUGAAAUAUUGCCGGGUCAAAGGAAGAUGGAAGACAACUCUGAACUGUCUCUUUUUUCAAAAUACUCAUAUCAAAACCAAAUUAUAUCAGAAGCAGAAAAUCUGAGAAGGGUUUUGGAAGAAAUAUUUAGAAAUGGAGACUUUAGACAGGAAAAAACAACUGCCUUGUUAAGGGCGGUUAAGGAAAUUUUAAAGAAGGUAUAUCAGAGGGUAAUGGAAGACAUAGACCACUGGCCUCCAUUUAAUGAACCCCCCCACUCUACAUCUGAUUCUAAAAUGAAAACAGCAGCAGCCUGGAAAAAAACCUUGCAGUCACAUAUAAGCAGUGUUGCAAAUGACAUAGUUGAAAGUGUUUUCAGAAAAAUGUUCUCAAUAGUCAUGACAUCCUUAUAUGAAAAGAAUGAGAGCAGGGGAGAAUUGGAAGCAUCUGGCCGUGAUGAAUUACUGGUGACCCCAUCAAGCUUUCGGGAAUCAAAACAAGCAGAACAAAGUGUCCCCCCUGAACCUGUGAUACUGCGAGCUUAUCCUUACACAGGCAGUAUCAGUGUCACUUCAUUGGAAAACACCUUACUGCAAUUUUCUCCAUUGCGAGUGGGCGAAGAAUUGGUCCAAAAGGUUCUCCAAAAUAUUACGAAUUUUGUUUUGCUGAAUCUAGAAGAGAAUUUGUCCCUGAAAGAUCACCCUAAUGUAAGUUUUAAAACAGACUUCAAAGCAAAAUCAAAAGUUAUCUCUUUGCCUAAAUUCGGAACAAAAUCACAGCUAGGACCUAGUGGUGCUAAAGCCAAAAGUACGUCCAAGUUAAGUCCUAGAGAGAAGACUUUCAGAGGCAGUCAGUCCAGUACUGCCAUUGGUCUGCCAUACCUGCUAUCCACAGGGGAUGCCAAAAACUCCUUGGUGAGAAUAAAACUCCCCACUGCAGAACUAAAAAUGUAUGCCAAGGAUAUAGUAAGCAAUAUUCUGGAAACAAUUGUGAAUGAAUUUCAAAAGGUGAGGCAAAAUAGACUAAUGGUAAAUGUAAACACUUUAACUUCUGAUCAAAUCAUGACAGCAAGUAAAAUAGUUAAUGCAGUUUUGCAAGGAUUAUAUGCUACAAAGAAUGACAAUUUGGCCGACCAGAUAAAAGGCUCAUACUCACAUGAUCUCAAACUUUCACAGAGGAAUUUUAAGACAAUCUCUCUUGCAAAUCCAGAAGUUCGUUUCUCUUUGGAGAAUGUUUCUUCCCAGCGAGAGAAAAUCUUCCCUAAAGAAGGUAUUUUUAGUCAAAUGUUUGAUAAAUGGCAAAUGGAAUCAAAUGACAUGGAAAAUGAAAAAUAUAAGCUAUUGAUGAUAGCUGAGACUGUUUUGAAUGAAAUUUCAAUGAAAACAAAGGAAUUAGAACAAUGUGUUUCACUUUUAAAUUUGUCACCUCUUGAGGCUUGUGAAAGCAGGUACCAUAACUUUAAAAGCGCUGCUUCUGGAGCUGAGGGUUCCCAAGCACAAAUUAAUAUAUUUGGUCAGGAAAUUGUUAAAAAGCUAUUAGAAAAAUUAGAGGUGUACUUCAUGACUCAGAAGUUCUUAACAGAUGGUAAAGAAAUGCUAGAAAGCAAGAAAGAAACUACUGCUAGAAGUCAAUGUGGCUCCUUAAGAACAAACAACCUCAACAAUGUACCAAUCUAUAACGCAAAGCUGAAAGACAAAAUACACGGGGGCUCUAGCCACCAAAUUGCUCAAGAGAUCGUGGAAGGGGUUCUGAACACCUUAGAAUCAUUUGUAGACCUACAAUUUAAACAUAUCUCUACAUACGCUUUUUCUGAAAUUGUGAAAAUACCUAUUGAAAACUUUUUUGCUGUCCAACAGAAACCAUUCAUGAAAACAAUAUUGCCCAAGCUACAACCACUGAGUAAGUUUCCUAAUGGAUCUAAAUCAAGUAGUAUGAUUUCCCAGGAGAACAUGCACAAUACCCUUCGACAGCUUCACUCGUUCCAUUCAGAACUGCUUACUUACGCUGCUAAUACUGUCAGUUACAUGCUUGGUAUACUUAAGAACAAGUUAGACAAAGGAAAAUGCCAAGUGGAACCAUCUUCAACAAGCAUAUUUGAAAAAAACAUUGUGGCAAGUCAGAUUAUCAGCACACUGAUGGACCAGUGUACUCAUUUCUAUGAGUCGAUGAUCAAAAGCCAUCCAAAGGAAAAUCUGCUCCAACUAGCUGAAAAUGCCUGCACUGCCAAUUGGCCCAGAUUUGCAACUGGGACGGGAAUGUUCACUUCAAAGUCAAAGGGAGUUAGCUGCAGGGAUGAUCUUCCACAAAUCCCUGGCUUAUUUUUUUAUUCAGAGGAAGAUAGUAAAGUAAAGGAGAAGGCUUCAUCAAAUCUACCUUCAUAUGUCAAAUACUCUGCAGGAGAUACACUUAAAACCACAGAGCCAUUGGAAGGGCUCGAAUCAGAACUUAAACUGUUAUAUUCUAGAAGUGAAGCCCAAGGCCUUAGCCAUUUUGAUCAAGCCGUGAAAGGAAACCGCUCUCUCCCAUUACAAAAACCACUUCAGAAAUCCGGCGACUCUGAAGGUGAAAAUCCAAAAGUUCUUCACUAUGAGCUCCCCAAGCCAGUUAUUAAGCCAAACCAAAUACAGACAACCGUUUCUCCACUCAAAAUAGGUAUAGCUGCAGAAAAUAUUGUCAAUACCAUGCUGUUGAGUUAUGGCCUUCCAAGCCAAACCCCAUAUACUAAUGAAAGUAUAGAAACAAUGAAGCCAUUUUUUGUAUCAAAGGAAGGGCCUUUGUCUGUGAUGUCUGAAGAACAAAAGGAUGAGAAAAGUUUGCUUAAAAUAUGGGAAAAAAGAAUCAGCUCUAAAACCAAAGAAGAAAACCAAAGCCUUGCAGCAAGUGGAAAAGAUUUCACUUUACUGGAAAAGUGGAAAGAUAAGUACCCAAAGUUAGAGAAACCAGAACCUCCUGAAGAGGCUGAAGUCACUGCUUUUGCAGAUCAGGAACUGGGACCACAUGAAAUCCACCUAGUAGCAAGAUAUGUUACUACAGCUGUGGUCACACAUUUCAAGAACUUUGAAACCAGAGGUCCUCUUGAUGAAAAAGUAUUUGUUUCCACACCAUUAAGGAAAAAAUAUAAAUCAAAACAGCCUCUAAGAAGCAUUAACUAUGAUACUUCACUUUAUCAAUUUUGUGAACAUCUCACUGAAUUGGUUAUUUCCUAUAUAAUGUCAAGCAUUUGUGAUUGUACUGAAGAUGCUGGAACAAAACAGAAAUCACUGGAAAACCAAGAUGCAGCUUUUAGCAAGUUUAUUUUAAUUCAUUCACAAGUAUUUGUAAGUCGGUCAGUUUCUAUCAGACGACUUGCUUUAAGCAUUUCUGAAAUCAUUAUUCGAAUCCUUUUUAAUAGCGACAUUUUAAAGGUAGACAUUACACAAGAAAUGGUUUCUGUGAAAACAAAAUAUAUUUACUGCCCAAGAGUAGCUGUGGCUGACUUCGAUGAUCUCUUUCAGGAUCUCUUAAUAGGAGUGAUCCAUGUUCUGUCCAAGGAAAUAGGAAUAAAGCAUCAGCCUGACAGGAGAGGAAGAAACAAACCACUCUCCAGGCUUAAAAGUCAUAGUUUGCCCAUUCGCAACGAAACCAAAACUAUGAAAAGACAGACAGGCUCCAGAGGUUGGAAAUCAUCUACUCACCGAAUUAAUCAACUAGUACAGAAAAAUAAACUAAAUUCUCUGGCAUGCAAAUUAGGCACUCUGGUUGGUAGCCUAAAAACUCAUGAAUCCAAAGAAGUAGUCAAUAAAAUUUCUAAUAUUGUUUUCAAUUUGGUUUUGCCAGAUGAAUGCCCAAACUGGAAUAUGGAUUCUGGUAAAAUACCACGAAAAAGGUUCCUAUCUUCAAAUAACCAGCAAAGUCAUAGAAUACCUAGAAAUAACCCAGGGCUCUCCCCAAAAUCAGUUUUUCUUCUGAACAUUGUAUGUGAGAAAUUUAUUAAAACACUUUUGGAAGAAUGUACAGCCAACAACCUCCUUACAGAUGGUGCUGUUUCUGGUGAAAUACCAGCAGAAGGUCAACUGCCCAACAUACUUCAAAACAUAGAGAAUUAUUGCAGGGGAACAAUGGACCGUGGCUCACCAUUUGAAGAAUAUAACACGUCAGCCCUUUUGGAAAAUCUGGCAGAAAUAGAUCAAGAAUCUAUGCUUAGUAUUACUUCCCAUACCUUGGUAAAAUCCUUAAUGGAAAAACUGUCCUGUGGUAUAAACCGACCUCCCAAAAGUCCACUUUUUGCAAACAAGCAUUUAAUGUAUAGAAGAAGACAAAGACUCCCUGGUUUCCCAAAAAGAGAAAGGCCAAAAUUAAGAGAAUCAAGACAGGGUAAAUGCUCUGCAAGAUUCAUGAAUUAUGACAGCAAGCCUUUGAGAGAACCACUGAAUAAUCUCACUGUGACUCAUUCCAAAAUACAAGCCCCAUUUGGUAAGCAGUUUUCAGGAAAAUUCCCUCCUCUACCUCCUCUUCGAAGACCAGGUAAAAAGGAAGAGAAUGCAACAGCUAUUCUUAACAUGCAAUAUCCAGGAGGCAUGAACACAGGAGUUUACUCUGCCACAUUUCUGGAGGAAGUAAUUGCAGACAUUUUCCUUAAUCUCUCCACCUCUUUGCAGGGCAAAAAUGUAAACAUCACUGAAGCUCAGCUCAAUAAGAUAAAUAUAUUAGAUGUCAACUCUGUGGUGAAUGAGUUUAACAAUGCUCGAGUCACUGUUUUACGAGAUGUUGAAGAAAGGGUAUGUUUUCCACCAAUUGAUAAAGAAACUGUUAGAAAGAUUGUUGACUCAGUUAAUAGUGCUGUUUCAUGGGAAUAUGCAUUACAAGUUACUGGUGGCAGUCAUCUGACACAUGCUACCACCUCAAUAGCAGAACAGAUAACUAAUGGCAUAUUGAGAGAGAGUGCAGACUACCAACUCCCACUGUGCUUUGUAGGAAAGCUCAUGCCUAAUUCAUAUUACCCUCUUAAAGCUGAAAAUAUACUGCAGAAACUUCAAAACAACCUGAGAGAACUUAAUUACCAAGGUCAACAUUCAACGGGCUAUACUACCAUGUUAUCACACUCAUUUUUAGAAGAUGUCAUCAGGAAGUUAUUAUCUCAGCUCAUUUCUCCACCCUGUAAGCCUUCGUGCUUGGGAAAGAAGUAUUUAUUGACUUCAGAUUUUAAUGAGGUAUCCACCUGUAUAAUAAAUAAGAUUUUGUCAGCCAUUUCAAAGCAUAAGAUUUGGCUCACUAAAUAUGAUUGUCAACAUCUAUAUACAGAAAAAAGCCUUCAAAAUAUGGUGGAGUCUGUUUAUAAUAAUGUUUUAGAGAUGUCUGACUCUCUUGUGUCAGUCCAGAAAAGUAUAGUAAGCCAAAGCCCAAUUAUGAUUGACCAAAUGGCCAGUCUCAUUAUUCAAGAGAUUAUUGAAAAUCAUCUUCAACCCUUUUUGUGUGGAGAGGGCUUACCAUGUUCAAUGACUUCACUAGAUGAAAUAUCAGAUAUGGUUAAAGAGGUUCUCAGUGAGGUCACAGGGUCACAUAGACCCCAGAAGCCAUCAUCACUAGGUAUGGACUUUUAUCCUAAUGCAUUUGUAGAAGAUAUUGUUGCCCGGCUAUUAUCAAAGAUCUUCAAUCCAAUAUAUAACACUGAAUGUGAACUGGAUAAAAUGACCCAAAAAAUAGUAAACUCAAUAAAUAACCAUUUUAACAAAGCUAAAAUCUGCAUUCUUCGUGAUGACCAAGAGCAGUCUUUCCCCACUGUAGAUCUAGACACUGUGGAUGAACUCGUCAGUUCAGUUUAUGAGAAUGUUCUGCAACAGCAUGGACUAACCACUGAGGUUGAUAAUGAAGAACUCAAAGACAGUGAUAUUUUUGCAGAAAAUGUUACCAAUUUAAUUGUAGCCGCUAUUUCUGAUUAUCUUUUUCACCCACUGUUUUCUGGGGACUUGUCGUCUUCCUCCUAUGCUACUUUAACAGCAGAGAACAUUAUUCAGAACAUCUUUAGCAGCAGCAGUGAAUCUACCAAACCAAGCCAGCAUUUAUCUCCAUAUAACACCUUGCUGCCAUACACACUUUUAGAAGACAUAAUUAGAGUGCUGUUAUCUAGAAUCUUUCCUUCUACAUAUAACAUGGUUCCAUACAGCAAAACUCCAAAAGGUAGAUCAGGAAUUAAUUGUGAUGAAAUCUCUUCAAAGCUAAUCAGUGAUAUUAGGAUGAAAAUUUCCCAACAUGAAAUUCAAUUUUCAAAAGAUGAAGAAGAAACCAAAUCUAUUUAUUCAGAGGAUGAUGUUCAGCAUCUCGUUGAUUCUGUAUUUAGAAAUAUGUUGCAAAACUCUGGGUCUCAAGAAGCAGUUGAGCACAAUAUUACAAGCAGUAACAAUGUUCUUAUUGAUAGAAUAGCAGGUUUUAUCAUUAAAAAUAUCUGUCAACAGCAUCUCCAUCCAUUUGUGUAUGGAAAGUCAUUACUUCCUCCAUCAUAUACAUACUUUGAUGAUGUGAGAAGGCAGCAUUUUUUUGCCGGUGUUUACUCCUCAGCCUUUUUGGAAGAUGUAAUAUCUGGGGUUUUAAGCAAAAUAUUCCACAGGGUGUUAGGUAUUGUGCAAACAAACUCAUUAAGAGAUUCAGGAAAAGAACUGUUGGAAACAGCUGAAAAACUCAUAUAUUUGAUAACGGAAGAAUUCUCAAAAGCUCAAGUUAGCAUCCUAGAAAAUGCUAAGGAACAAUUAUGUUUGCCACCAGUGCAUACAGAAGUAGUGAUCGAAAUUAUUGACACGGUAUAUAGCAAAGUUUUACAAGAAUAUGAACUGGAACCUGGUAAAGACUUUCUCAAUGAUACAAAAACAUUGGCUGAAAGGGUAACUAAAAUUAUCCUGGCUGAAGUUUUUGAUUUCCAAAUUCAUCCAGAUUUCAUAGCAAAGCUGCCUUUUAAAUCAUAUUCAAGACUCCAUGCUGAUGCUUUGAUAAAGAGAGUUCAUUAUGCUAUUAGUAAAUCAAGACUCCAGAGACAGACUUAUACACCAUAUACCACCAUAUUAUCACAUACACAUUUGGAAAAAAUCGUCACUCAGGUUUUAUCUCAGAUAAAUCCAUUGAACUGCAGUGCAGAAGACCCAGACAUUUUGCAGUCAGACUUCCACAACACAGUUGUGAGGCUGAUUGAUGAGAUCAUGUCAAUAAUUUCUAAACAUGCAAUAUGCAUUAUUAAACAUGGAAAUGAAAAACAAAAUGUGAUUUCAGAGAAAGAUAUCCAGGCUAUGGUUGAUGCCAUUUAUGCUGAUAUUUCUCACUCAAAUCUAUACCAGUCUCUUUCAAAAGAUAAAAAAGGCAUAAGUAAUAUACCUAUUACGAAAAUAGCAAGUUAUAUAAUAAAAGAAAUAUUUAACCAUCAUCUUGAGUCAUUUUUAUCUGCAGAUAAAACUCUUCCUUCAGGUACAGUGGGUCAAACUUAUCAACAGAGAGCAACAGAUCCUCAACAAAGAGAAUUGUUGUUUAUUGUGAAUUCAGCUGUCUUUUUAGAGGAUGUAAUUUCUGAUCUUUUAUGCAGAAUCCUUUAUGUAUUCUCACAUAAUGUCUUGGCUGCUGAAAACCCAUGUAAAGCAAAAACCAAUGUAACUAACAUUGUUACAACAUUAGUAAAAUCAAUUGUGCUGGAAUUCACCACAUCAGAAAUUUUAGUUGCAGAUCACUUGGAUGAAAAUCUGUAUUUUUCAGAAGGAUAUAAAGAAAUAGUCAAAAAAACUGUCAGCCUAAUUUAUGAAAAACUAUUAGAUGAUUAUAAAUCUCUGAUUCAUAUUUAUAGAGCUAUACAAAGUGAUGCUGUCAGUUUUGGGCAAAAAAUAUGUUAUUUGCUAUUAGGAGAAAUUUAUGAUUAUCAAGUGGAGUCAUUAGUUUUGGGAGAAUUAUCAACUUCUUCCUAUUCCUCCCUCCAAGAUGAAAACAUCAUCAGAAAUGUGCUUGACAGCAUCAACGAUGAUAGCCAUGUCUUGCCGUCAUGCAUCACUGUAUUGCCACGUUCCCUUUUAGAAGAUAUUACUUAUAAGCUUCUAGCACAUAUAUUCCCUUCAUCUGAGACUGAAACUGAACUCAAUGAGAAAGAGGUGCCACCAGAUUAUGAGUUUGUGAAUGCAGCUUCAAAACUGACAGAUGAAAUUAUAACAGAAAUUUCUGAACAUGAAAUUAGACUUGCCACAGCAGGGGAGCACAUGGAAAGUAUGCAAUUAGAGGCAAGUGAGAACUUUGUUAACUCCAUAUGUAAUGGUAUUAUGAAAAAACUUAAAUUAGAAAAUGAAACAAAGAGUGAUACAUACAAAAAGGGAGGCUUGUUCCUCAGGAAAAUAGCUGGUUUCAUUAUGAAAGAAAUUGUGGACCACCAUCUGCAGCCAUUUUUACAUGAUGAAGAAUCACCUCCCUGUGACUUACCCAAAAAUGACCAUAUCAUUGAACUCUUGAAUCCUGAUAAAGAAAAAAUACUCACAGGCUUCCCACAGGCUUCUGUGUAUUCUGCUACAUUUUUGGAAGAUGUCAUAAUUGACCUUGUUCGCAAAUUUUAUACUCUCCCAAGUAUUGCUGAAAACCCUAAGAACAAAGAGAUAUCAGAAAAAGACCCCAUGGGCAUGGCUAUAAAAUUUGCAAAUGCCCUGGUAGGAGAAUUUAGGAAAAGUAAAAUUAAAGUCCUAGCAAAUUCUGGAGAAAGGUUUUCUUUUCCACCAAUAGAUAAAGAGACAGUCAAUAACAUAUCUGAUUCUGUGUAUGAUGAGGUCAUAGAAAUGUAUGGAUCUAACAAUGUUCAGAAAGAUGAUAGAAGUAACAUUGUUAUAGAGAUGAUAGCUGCUUUAGCCAAAAAGGCAAUCUCUGCUUUCAAGAUUCAACCACUUUUUUCAGGAGACUGGUCUUCCACCUUCUUUUCAUUUCUAAAUGUGGAUAACAUCAUCCAAAGAGUUCAACACCUACCAUAUAAUACCUUUACAAAAAUAAAUAAAAGCUUGAAGGAGAACCCAGUCUCUUCACCAGAACAAUUACCUACACUUACUCCUCUAACCUCAGGCCUGAAAGACAUAACGGACACUUUGGAAAUAGGUAGAGGAGCACUUCAUGGAAAAGAGAAUUUCAAAAAGGAGAAGACAUUUAUGAAGACAGGCAGCAUCCAGGAGCCGAUAUGUACUGCUCUAACUAGCAUUGUGAAGGGCGAAUUAACUACCCUAGCAUCAGGUUUAGUUGGAGGUGUGGCAGAUAAAAAGAAAGGGGAUGAAAAGAAAAAGGAAAGGUCAAUUGGAAAAGAGAAUGAGAAGGCAUCAAAAGUUACUUUUCCAACAACUACUGUGGAAAGUGAAGAUACUCGGGGACCAGAUUUGAGUAUGGCACCUAAAAAGAAUGAAAGCAAGAAGAAAGACACUUUGGGUAUAAAAGAGGAAAAAGGGCAAGGUGAUGAGGUAUACCAACAUCUUUCAUCAGCUACUGAUGAUACAAAAAACAAAAAGGUUGUCCUGGAACCAGAUCUAAAAAUAGAUAAAAAGAAAAGUGACAAGAAAAGAGGGAGUUCAUUAGAAAAAGACAAUAGACCUUCUGAAUUACCAUCUCUGAAAUCCAAAGUGAGAAAUAGAAAGAUCCAAGAGAAGAGGAGAGAUUCUCCAGCUUAUGGAGUUACAGAUGACAAAAAGACCUUGCGUCUUAAACGUGUCCAAAAUUUCACUGAAAGCAUUUACAGAAAUGUUUUAGAAUUGUCUCCUUUCCAAGAACCAGUAGAUGAUUCAAAAUCCCCAAAUCCCCUAGGUGAUAAAGCGGUAUAUGUAACUCAAGCAGAUGGCAAGGGUUUUGCCCAGCCUGACUCAACAAAUCCAGCUAAACACAAUGCUCCUGCAAAAGAGGAAGAGAAUAAAAAAAGUAAAGAUAAAGAGAUUAAAAGUAAAUCUAGUAAACCAGACAAUCCACCAGAAAAUAACCAUGGGAUUUUUCCUGCUAACUUUUUAGAAGAUGUUCUCUCUGAAAUACUAAACAAAUUGGUUUUUGAUUCCUCACUGGGUACAGAUGAUGCAUGUCAAAAUGUAACCAAAAAUGUAAAUCCGACUGAGCUCUAUGACACAGCUAUGAAACUGAUUGAUUCCCUGUUAAAGGAGUUUUCAGAUGCUCAAAUUAAAGUACUGAACCUAGGUCAGGGAAGUCAGUUCCUCCCAUCUACAGAUAAAGUUUCAUCAGUUCACAAUGUACCUCUCAGGCAAAAAGAACCAUCUGUGAAUAAAGCACCUCGAGAGAAAAAAACGGCAGCUGCAACUAAGAUAGAUUCUUUAGAUGAGGCACCUUCUAUGGCUAACAUACCAUCAAGCGAUAAAAUGUUGGUCAACAAGAUUGUCCACUCCUCUAUAUGCAGUAUUUUGCAGGAAUAUAGAUCUCAAGACUCCAUUUAUAAAGACAUAAAUAGUAAUGGUGAAAAUUUAGCAAGAAAGCUAGCUAAUGCAGUGAUAGAAGAAAUUUUUCAGCAUCAGCUAAACUUGCUACUUUAUGAUGAAGUUCCGGCUGUAGCACGUUUGCCUCUAGAAUCUAAGGAGGUUAUGAAAAAGGUCCAUAAGGUAGUCCAAACAGCCUGCAAAGAAUGUCAAACAUCAUCGCCAUAUACCAUAAUGCUACCUUAUGAAUUUUUAGAAAGUGUAAUUUCUUUUCUUUUAUCAAAAAUUUUCUCAACAGUAACCAAUGCUAAAACAGAAAUAUCCGAAGAUAAUUUGCACACAGAACUGGAUUUCCUUCAAAUGAAGUUAGUAAGUACAAUUAUGACAGAGAUCUCCAAAGAUAAAGACAUGAUUGUACAGUAUGUAAAAUCCUUACAUCCUAAUGAUGAUGAAAUUAUUCAAUUAGUGGCUCAGACUAUUUAUAAUAAUCUCUUGCCACAAUUUGGAUCUCAAGAGCGCAUACAAAAUUGUGUCAGCAGUGGUUGCAAAAUCCUUUCAGAAACCAUAGUUAAUUUAGUUGUACAGGAAGUGGCUGGCAACCAGUUGCAGAACUAUUUUUCUGGAGAGCUAACGUCACAUCAGUGUACAGAAGUUGACAAUGUUAUUGAAAGUAUCCUUAAAGAUGUCAUCCAAACCACUGAAGUUCCCCAGCCUCAGCCAUCACGGGCUUACAAACUGCCUUUUUACAUAAUAGAAGAAAUUGCUGUAAAUUUUUUGUCAAAGCUUUUAUCUAUGUUUCCAAAAGUGGAUAAGAAACAAAACAAUUCUCUAAACGCUGAAAUGCAAACAAUAAUCUCAAAAAUCCUAAAUUCAUUCCAAGAAUAUCUCUCUAAAAGUCGAAUUAUAGUAGUGCCACAGGCCAAAGAAUCACCCACGGUAUCUUUCGCAGACAGUACAACUAUCGAAAAAGUAGUUACUUCUGUUUAUAACAGUGUUUUAAGGCGCUCUGGCUCCCAUAUUUCAUUGUAUAAAGAUUUAAUGGGUAAGAGCAAUGUCCUUUCUGAUAUAAUAGGAUUUUUAAUGGUGAAGGAAAUUUCCAAUUCAGAACUUCAUCCUCAAGUAGAAGAAGAGGCAUCAAGUUCAGAGUUAGUUCUGGAAGCUGUCAAAAUUAUGGAAAAAGUGGUUAAGAUCACUGAUGACCUUAAGUCAGAGAAAAAGCCUUCAACCAAAAAAGAGACUGUGUUAGAUGCUAGAUUUUUAGAGGAAAUGCUGGCCUUGUUCUUGGCUAAACUAGUAAAGUUGCCAAGUGCCUCAAGCAGAGAUGUGAAAAACUUAUCAAAGUCUGAGGUAAAUAAAAUUGCAUGUCAAUUGACAAAAUCUGUGACAGCUGAAAUUUCCAGAAAUAACAUUAGUGUUGUAGCUGAUAAACCUGAAGAAACAUUUUUAAGUCCAGAAAGUACAGAAAUUAUUUCUCAGAUCGUUGAUUCUGUUUAUAAUCAGGUACUACAACAAUCUGGAACUCAUGAAGAACUUUAUUAUGACAUGAAAGGUACAAACAAUGUCUUCCCUAAAGAGGUAGCUUCUUUACUCAUCAGUAAAAUUUCCAAUUGUCCAUUAGAAACACUUAGCCCAAAAGAUUCACAGGCUGAUCUCUUUGGCGAUUUGGAUCUUAGUCGAAUUGUUGAAAAGGUGCAUGAGCAUGCUGUUAAAAGAGGGCCUGAGCUAGAGCAAAAAGAAUUAGGUCAAGAUUUAAGUGAAGAGGAACUUCCAAUUAAAAUAAUUCCUCACCGUGGGAAACAACCAAUCAAUAUCGAUCCAGACAUAGUGGCAGAUCACCUAGGAGUCAUUUCUAUAAAAACACAACCUCUUGAGAAACUGCAGUUGGAGUGUUUAACUAGAACCGGAUGCAGCAUCAAGGAACUGAGAAGAGUGUCAGUGAGUGGGAGGAGUCACUCAAUGGGCACACCUGAUGCAGGAAAGCAAAAGCGAGAAAGACGCAUCUCAUUGGAUGAGGUGGGACGACUGAAUGUAAAACCAUUAGAGCCCACAGAAAGUUGGAAGAGAAUAGCUAAUCCAAAGAAACUACUGCUGCUACUCUUUAUCACCCUCUAUCAAUGCGAAAGUGCUCUGGCCGGCCUGUAUUCUUCAAAUGAUGACACUUCAGAUGCUGAUAAGCCCAGUACUUCCAAACAAGGUUCUGAAAUGAUGAAGAAGGUAUCAUCAGCUCUGUCCAAAGUAUUUUCAAGAUCUAAUGCCAAUGUUUCCAAAUCUUCCUCACCACCACCCCCCCCCCACCAGGACAGAAGCUGA